AUGUCACGGGGACUAUUGAAUAUCGCACUAGACUUAUGUUACCUUGUCUAUUCAUUACUCAGUCGCAAAAAUAGUGAUACAUAUCAACGUCUUAUAAAUGAAAUAGUAGAAUUUGCUCCAUGCUGGUUCGCUGCUUCUAUUUUACUUGAUUUCGAAAAGGCAUGUAUUAAUACAUUAGGUUAUCAGAAUCGUUUUCAAGAUGUUAAAUUUGCUCAUAAUAUUAAUAAAAUAGCUGGGUUAGCUUUUAUUCCACCUUGUGAUGUAUUACAUGCAUAUUCACGUCUUGCAUUAGAUCUUGAUGAUGAUUAUCAAGAUAUUUUGAAUUAUUUUGAAGAUACAUAUAUAGGACGACUUCGCCCUAACAAUACACGACGUCAACCAACAUUUAGUAUUGAAUUUUGGAAUAUGCAUACAAGGACAACACAGUUAUCGACGCGUACAAAUAAUUCUGUGGAAGCAUGGCAUCGUCGUAUAGGAUAUGUAUUUCAAUGCGCACAUCCUACGCUUUGGUCAUUUUUACAAAAAUUAAUUCAUGAAGAACAUGCAGCGCAUGCUGAUGUUGUUCAUAUAAAUAGUGGUGAAGCACCAAAACAUAAAAGUAAAACAAAUGAACGGUUUGAACGACGUCUUUUAAAUCUUUUAUUACAUCCACAUGAUGAUAUUCUUAUGCAACUAAAUAAUAUUGCACAUAAAAUUUGCUUAUAA